UUUUUUUUGUGAUGAUCUUACGAUGGUUUAUCAGAUUGUGAAAAAAUAUCAAUUACUUGGAGUUGUUUUCAUAUAGAUAGUGAGUGAAAAUCAGUUAUAUUGAUUGGACGGAAUUAGUUAUCUAAGUUAUCUGUGUACUUGUAGACUUACAUCUAUCAAAUUAAUGCAUAGUGCUUAUUUAUUGUUUGAUGUGCAAUAACAUGGCGAGCGGGUCUCGAGCGCGUCCUUUGUCCGAGCAGAUUUGCUUGAAAGACUUGUCGAAGGACAAGUUGCCAAGGACGAGAAGUCUACAUCAUUCUGAAAAGAGAACAAUCUACGCGAAAAGAAAUGAAUCACUGGGAGCUAUGGAUGAGUUGCUGCAAUGCCACCUGUGCUUGGAUCGUCUGGUGGAUCCUAAGAUGCUGCCAUGCCAGCACACCUUCUGUUUGGAAUGCUUGAGAACGUUGGUGGGAAAUCAGGUUGAUGCAAGCUUCGAUUGUCCCUCCUGCAAAGUUACUGUACAACUGACUCAACCUUUGGAGAACCUUCCCAACAACGUAUACGUAAUGUCCAUCCUCAGCAUCGUCGAAUCCGAAAGUUCUGAGGUUCCUCUAGCGCUGACGACGAAGUGCGUAAAGUGCACCACGGUCACGCAAUCCUAUCAUCAGUGCUGCGUACACUGCAAGCUUAUCUUCUGCAUGGUUUGCAUGUCUAAGCACGCGUCUGAGUUGGAGCAGAAGUUUCCUGGCUUCCUGGAUCAACUUAAGGAUUCCGAGGAGAGGCUGUUGCACAAGAACGAGGAUUUGGAGAGACGCACCGUCCAGUUGAAUGAGUCGGUGCGUGUCGGUACAGAAUCGAAGAUCGCUGAGUUGCGGAGGUUAGAGAUUAAGGUUCUUAGGGAAAUAGAGGAGUUGAAUACUGAUGCCAAAGACACGUCGUCUAUGCUGAGGGAAAAGAUCGGGGAAUUGAGGGUGGAGAUUGGAUCGAAACCAUCGAAUUCGAACGAUUCUGAAAAGGUGAAAAUGUACAUGCAUUUCCACAAUGAAAUAUCGCAAUUGUUGGAUGAGGUUUCUCGUUUCGGUGAGACUCACGCCAUCUUCGAUGCGAACACGUUCAAAUUGGACGAGGAGAGCGAAGAUGUUGUGGAUGGAAACAAAUACGUUGGUAAUGCGUUGGAUUCGAAUGUCAAUUUGGGUUUGCAUUACAAGAGGCGCGUCUUCCAACCGAAAUUUAUUUGGACGAAAUGCCCGAAGCCGGCUGGAAUCGCUAUCUCCCCGUGGGCUCAGGAGCUAGUAUACAUAGCGACCACAGAUUCCCAGGAGGUUUUCAUCUUGAAUAAAGCUACGCUUAAAGUGGUAGGAAGGUUGACGCACGAGGAAAUGCUGUGCCCGUGGGCUGUAUGCUUCUGCGAGCAAAGAAGCGAGGUAUUCGUGUCCGAUAAGUACGGACACUGCGUUCACGUUUUCAGCAGUGAUAAUCAAUAUAUGCGAACCAUUCUCAGAAAAGGUAAUAGCUUGAGCGAAGUGAUGAGUCCACAGGGAUUGGCAAUUGAUGGGAAAGGUCGCCUGAUUGUUUGCGAUUCCGGCAACGAUAGGGUAUUGAUCUUGGAUCCGGAGACAGGUGAACAGUUGGGAGCUAUUGGGCCUAUUGGGAAUAAAACGGAGCUGAGUAUUCCAAGCGAUGUGGCCGUCAGUGGCUCCAAGAUUAUCAUCGUGGACUCGGGUAACAACAGGGUGAAGAUUUAUGGAGAAGAUGGAGAAAAGCUGAAUGAGAUCGGCAGUAUGGGAGUUGAGAAUGGGCAGUUCAGGGGUGCAGAGGUCGUCGCGGUCGGACCGCUCGGUUUCAUACAUGUCGGAGAUGCUGGAAAUCGGAGGAUACAGAUCUUCGAUGAGGAUGGAAACUUCGUUAGGAGCUUCAUCGGAACCAACCCUAAGACAGGUAAAUUUAAAUGGGUUUCCGGUAUCUGCGUCACCCCUGAGCUGGACAUCAUCGCCACAGACUACAGGAGCAAAUGCCUUCUAAUCUUUUAAACCAUAUAAUAACUAUACAACAUUAAUCGUUUGACAGUGAUUAAACAUAACGUACUAAUAGUGAGAGAUUAAAGAACCUUAGAACUUAAGGAUUUUCCUUGUGGUAACAAAGCAAUAUUAAUUCCAAAUAGAAAUCUCUGUUUUUUUUUUGUUUGAAAUUGAUAUUUUUGAAAAAUCAUUAUAUUUGUAAUAAAAUAAUU